AUGCCCUUGGAAUUACCCACUAAUAUCUUCAAAGGGUACAAAUGCGGUCACAAGCAAGCCUCCUCAGAUGGCAUCACUCAUUCCUCUGAUUGUCCUGGUGUUCCGUUACGAGAGUGGUUCUGCGCGAACAUGAAUCCAUCCGGAAAUCUCGUCGUACAAAACGAUCGAGUCUGUCCCCGAUGCUUCUUUGGCCAAGGAUUUCAACUUACUGCGGGCCAUCAACAAGACUUGAGCACGGAGAAACACCCCACUCAACGUAAUAAUAUGGGAGUCACCGAUCAACAGCCAAAGACGGGGUCCUUUGUCAAAGCAGAGAAUGCACCUGCACUUGCUGGUCAAUAUAAUCCUGGAAUCCCCGGUAGCAGCAAUGGCUGUAGCCGUGACGUUCAUCAGUACCCCGUAGCGAAUCCACAUGACUCAUUACAUUCUUAUGUCACUCAUAAGGAUCUGGGAAGAAUUGAUCCGACUUUUCGUAACUUCCUGACAUACAGAUCGACCUCAGCAUCAAAUGCGAACGAUGAAAAGUUUCUCGACAUGACUGACCUAUACUCUCACAUCUCAAAUGCAAAUCCUUCCGCGCUUCCUCCUGCUGAAGUUGUUUACGGACAUCCUCACCCUGAGCAAGUCUCUGUGCUUAGCAUCUUUCCUCCUUUCCCGGGCGAUAACCAAGCAGGUACCAAGAAUUAUUCACGUCCCUUCCAGGUUGCGCCUGGUCAGUAUAAUCAUGGGUGCAACUCGUCUGCGCUGACACAUGGUGAAUCUUUUAUUGUUCCGUCGUCGUACCAGCAGGCAGGCUUCCCCCCUCAAAUCACACCACCUACCAACUCUGAAGCUUCGACCAAAUCCAACAACCCAAAAUUCAAGGUAAAGCUUCCACCACAAACCUGUGUCUCGCCCCAGGCAUGGUUUGGCAGAAAGGGACAACCUUGGGACCGAAAAGAGGAGGGAAUAAUUUUUGAGACCCCGAAGCAAGUCGAGUCCACUUCUAAGGAAGCCGAAGUACUCUCUCAAGACAUCGAAGCCAGCUGGGUUACCGUACCACGAGACCUUCGUCAAGACAAACUAAAGGACUACCUCAAGAGCCACAAGCUCCCAAAAAGUCUCGCACAUCUUUAUGAGAGUGUCGUUUUCUCCGAAAGUCAGGUUCUUUUGAAGCAUGGCAGUGCCUUGGAUUCCGCUCUAAAACAAGCCGGGUAUCAAUGGCCGGGUACCUAUAGUGAGGAACAAAAUCCCACAACUUCUGCUCGUGUCCAGAAUGAGAAGGUUUCUUUGGUGCCACUUAAUUCGCCGCAAGCUGCUAAGAUCGAACGACCCUUUCCACCACGCACAUCUUCUCUUCCUAUUCGUACAAAAGAAAUCAGACCUUCUGAGGGCAUCUUCAAGCCAAACAAUAACACCCGCCAAUGGUCGGAGCAAGGCAGAUCAAGACUUCAGGCAGCAUCCAAUCACUCUGGAGAGAAGAGAUCUCGCGCUCAAGCUCCAGAAUUCCAGCGAUCUGUCGAGACUUUUCAGUUCGAGGCAAUGCACCACAGACAAGAGCGAUUAUUAAAGGAGCUAGAACGCUCGCGACAGGAGACCAGCCGAAACGAACGAAUCCUCGCUCGAGAGAAGUUCGCAAAACAAUUACGCAACGAGAGACUUAGCCGUCAAUCGAAUGACUUACAGAACUCUGCGGCUGUUAAAAAUGUGAACACGUCGAAUUCCAAGGUUCUUCGUCCUUGGAGAACGACUUCGAAUGAGAAGGGUAUUCUUAAUGCUCCUGCUGCUUCUGAUGAGACGCAUCCAGUUAAGAUCACCCCCACAAAUCCUUCGAUUAAUACUAUCUCGACCCCCCAGCACAAUGCAACACCUUCUGUACACACUACACCACGUCAUGGAAACACUGCCCUAAACUUGGCCGAGAGAUUCCCUUCGCUUAUACCUAAGCCGGAAUCCGUUGUUGCUGAAGUGACUUCGUCGACCGAGAAUACUCCCCAGGAGGUGAUCUUGGCGGGAGAUAGAGCAGAUGGAGAGCGCAGUCACGAGGAAGAGGUUGGACACAAGGAUACCGAGUCUCGAUCUCUCAGGACUGGCGAAGAUAACGAAGACGAUGACUGGGAGAUGAUUCCUAUUGAAGAUGAGGAUAUCUAA